AUGGAUGUUGUCGAUGCUGAUCAAGCUAGAAUUGCUGAGGAAGCUGGUGCAGUAGCUGUAAUGGCAUUGGAACGUGUUCCUGCCGAUAUCAGAAAAGAAGGUACACUGUCUUCUAAUAUUAAUACAUUGCCAUUAGGCAGUGGAGUGGCUCGUAUGUCAGAUCCAAAAAUGAUCAAAGAGAUCAAAAACGCAGUGACCAUUCCAGUAAUGGCCAAAGUAAGAAUUGGUCAUUUUGUCGAAGCACAGAUUAUUGAACAUAUUGGCAUAGAUUAUAUUGACGAGUCAGAGGUACUCACUCCCGCAGACGAACAGCAUCACAUAAACAAACAUAAUUUUAAAAUUCCAUUCGUAUGCGGAGCCAAAAAUUUAGGGGAAGCACUUCGUCGUAUUGCUGAGGGAGCAGCCAUGAUACGCACAAAAGGGGAAGCAGGUACUGGAAAUGUUGUGGAGGCAGUUCGUCACAUGCGAACUAUUACUGGUGAAAUCAGAAGAGCUUCUGCAAUGAAUGAAGAAGAGUUAUUCAGUUACGCCAAAGAACUACAAGCACCAUACCAUUUAUUAAAGGAGACAGCAAAAUUGAAAAGACUUCCGGUUGUAAAUUUCUCGGCAGGUGGCCUAGCAACGCCGGCAGAUGCUGCGAUGAUGAUGCAACUGGGAUGUGAUGGAGUUUUUGUCGGUUCAGGAAUAUUUAAAUCUGGAGACCCAGUAAAACGAGCCAAGGCUAUUGUUCAAGCGGUUACACAUUAUAAUGACUCAAAAAUUUUAGCAGAAGUAUCAGAAGGGCUUGGAGAAGCGAUGGUUGGAAUCAACAUUGAUACCUUACACGAUAAUCAACUUAUGUCAAAGAGGGGUUGGUAA